AUGAACCAGUGCAAAGUCAUGAGGGUAUUUUCAGAUAACACGUUGCUCUUGCCAAUGUUGUACUGCUGCUUUUCCUUUGCUGUGUCCUCCUCUCGUUAUUCCUCCUCUUGUCAGUUACAGGGACAGUUUAAUCUAAAUGGAAUGCACAAAACUGGAGAUGUGAUUCUAGGUGGACUUUUUGCAAACAACUUAUUCUCUGCGGAUCCUGACCUGACUUUUACCUCAGAACCACAGCUGCCUACCUGUUAUAGUUUUGAUAUCACAGGAUUCAGGCAGGCUCAGACCAUGGCCUUUGCUAUUGAUGAGAUCAACAGAAAUUCAAAGCUGCUGCCUAAUGUGACUCUGGGAUACAGUCUGUAUGAUAACUGCAACCAACUAGGAAUUGCAUUUCAUGCAUCACUGUCCUUAGUCAGUGGUCAAGAAGAGCAAGUUACAUUAGACAAGAGAUGUGUAGGAACUCCUCCAGUCCAAGGGAUUGUUGGUGAUUCUUCCUCCACACGUUCUAUUGCCAUAUCAUCAUUGUUAGGUUUGUACAGAGUGCCAAUGGUGAGUUAUUAUGCCACAUGUUCCUGCCUGAGUGAUCGACAAAAGUUUCCAUCGUUCUUUAGGACGAUCCCGAGUGAUGCUUUUCAGGUGAAUGCUAUGAUUCAGAUUCUAAAACACUUUGGUUGGACUUGGGCAGGUCUGCUCAUCAGUGAUGAUGAUUAUGGAGUCCACGCUGCCCGAUCCUUUCACUCUGAUCUGGGUCCAGCUGGUGGAGGUUGUCUGGCUUACACAGAGAUUUUGCCCUGGGGUGACGACCCUGCUGAAGUCAGGAGAAUAGUGGAUGUGAUGAGGAAAUCUACAGCUCGAGUGGUGAUUGUGUUUGCACAUAAUAGUCGCACAAUUAAUCUCAUGCAAGAGGUGGUGAGGCAGAAUGUGACAGGCCUGCAGUGGAUUGCCAGUGAAGCCUGGACAUUAGCUGAUGGGCUCCAGACUCCCCACUUUAUGCCAUACCUGGGUGGAACACUGGGCAUCGCCAUCCGUCGAGGAGAAAUACCAGGACUCAGGGACUUCCUGUUACAAAUACGUCCUGUGAAUCAGUUUUGGGAACACUCAUUUCAGUGUAGAUUUGCACCACCUCCAGCAAGCUGGGUGGAAGCUGGAGGAGAAUUAUGCACUGGACAGGAAGUUAUAGAGAAUGUGGAAACUGAGUUCUUAGAUGUCUCAGACCUCAGGCCAGAGUAUAAUGUGUAUAAGGCUGUGUACACUCUGGCGUAUGCUCUUGAUGACAUGCUGCAGUGUGAGCCAGGGAGAGGACCUUUCAGCAACAACACCUGUGCUCAUUUACAAAGACUGGAGCCAUGGCAGCUUGUGUAUUACUUGGGAAAGGUCAACUUCACCACAACAUUUGGUGAUCAAGUGUCAUUUGAUGAGAAUGGUGAUACCUUACCAAUAUAUGACAUCAUAAAUUGGGUGUGGCUCCCUGAUGGAAGAACUAAAGUUCAGUACGUGGGUGAGGUUAAGAGGUCAGCCUUCAAAGGUAAAGAACUCACACUGGAUGAAGACAAAAUCUUCUGGAACUUUGAAUCCAAACAGCCUCCUCGGUCAGUGUGCAGUGAGAGCUGUCCUCCAGGUACCCGCAUGGCCACAAAGAAAGGAGAACCUGAGUGUUGUUUUGAUUGUGUCCCUUGUUCUGAGGGAAAGAUCAGCAAUACAACUGGUGAGUGUGAAUGCACCAGUUGUCCAGAAGAUUUCUGGUCCAGCCCCCAGCGUGACCACUGUGUUCCUAAGAAAACAGAGUUCCUCUCCUACCAUGAGCCUCUGGGUAUCUGCUUGACAACCACCUCACUGUUGGGCACAUUUAUCUGUGUUGUUGUUCUGGGCAUCUUCAUCCAUCAUCACAGCACACCUAUAGUUCGUGCCAACAAUUCAGAACUCAGUUUUCUUCUCUUGGUGUCACUCAAAUGGUGUUUCUUGUGUUCGUUGCUCUUCAUUGGACGACCCAGAUUAUGGACUUGCCAACUAAGACAUGCAGCAUUUGGCAUCAGCUUUGUGCUUUGUGUCUCAUGUAUCCUCGUGAAAACCAUGGUGGUUCUGGCUGUGUUCAGGGCCUCCAAACCAGGCGGUGAGUCCAGUCUCAAGUGGUUUGGUGCUGUGCAGCAGAGAGGGACAGUUCUGGCUCUGACUUCAAUUCAAGCAGCAAUCUGCACUGCCUGGCUUGUAUCUGCUUCACCAGUGCCUCAUAAAAACACACAGUAUCACAGUGACAAGAUAGUUUAUGAGUGUGCAGUUGGGUCCACAGUUGGUUUUGCAGUUUUACUUGGUUAUAUUGGUUUACUGGCUGUCCUCAGCUUUUUGUUUGCUUUUCUAGCACGGAAUCUUCCAGACAGUUUCAAUGAGGCCAAACUCAUCACUUUCAGUAUGCUAAUCUUCUGUGCAGUGUGGGUGUCUUUUGUCCCUGCUUACAUCAGCUCACCAGGCAAAUAUGCAGAUGCAGUGGAGGUAUUUGCCAUCCUGGCCUCUAGUUUUGGCCUCUUGGUGGCACUGUUUGGACCCAAAUGUUACAUAAUCAUGCUGAGACCAGAGAGAAACACAAAGAAAGCAGUGAUGGGCCGAGGCACCACAAAGUAA